UGUUGUCCCCUAAACCUGAGUAGCUAGGUUACUUGCUCACUGCCACGCUGCUGGUUGUUUUCAGGGUAAGUACCUCAAAUGAUGCAGAGCACAUAUUUCAUUAGUCUUUUGUGAUAUAUAUUAUAUAAAAGGCAUGUCCAUAUGCUUUCGGCAAGAUUUUACCUGGGCUUAUUACACAAAAAGAAUAUUAUCUAUAAAUGGCAAUUGCAGCGUUUUGUUAUGAUAUAACAAUGCUAUUACACUCACUGGAUGCUUUUAUUAGGUACACCUGCACAAUCUUAGUGCUGUACUCAAGCACGGUAUGCGACUAUGGUCCUAGCAUGCUUGCAAUCGCUUCUCCCGCCAGUUAUUAAUAAAACAAAAGUGCAAUUUGCAUAACAAAAACAGAUAUAAAUAUGUAAAGAUACUUGAUUUUGCUCAUUUUGGCGACUUUUAAAAGAAAAUCAGAUUCCCGGACUAGAGCGCACCGGGAUAUUAGCCGCACCCACAACAUUUUUGAAGAACAUUUUUUUUCCAUAUAUUAGCCGCACCGGACUGUAAGCCGCAGAUAAAUACGUUGUGAAAUAAGUUUUUUACUCAAAAAUAUUAUGUUUAUUUACAUACCAUAAUUGUUUCCAAACAAUGUCUGUAAAAUGGCAGUAAAAUGGCUAAUCAAACACAACAGAAGACAUCGUCAUGGUCCCCAGCUGCGAAAGCUAGCUCUCCAAUUAGCUUAAUAGGCUCAAUAACUCCACGGUGACGUUUUGGUGAAUUUACUGAGGAAUUUGUUCAAUUGAAACAAUACAAACAGAACGCCAUUGUAAGUUAAUAAUACCAACACAGACACUCUUAGAUGUGUCAGCAUAUUAGCUAAUGCUAACGACCCUAGUUUCAUUUCAUUGCAAUAGCGUGGACAAAUAUGCAUGGAAACACUCCCACAGACAUCACACAUGGGACGGUUUAGUAAGUAUGAAUUGUUUGUUAAAUUGUGAAACUUACAAACGUUGCUGAGAGGAAUGAACAAAAUAUUUUGAGCAGAAACGCAAUGGACGGUUUUACUUUCACGUCAAAGCAACACGGGAAGCACAUUUUCAACUCACAGCACUUGCAGUGAGUGAACUCGUCCAAAAGAUGGUGCUAUAUCACAACUAAAACACAAUUUCAGUGUCUCUGCUUGGGUUUACUAAAAACUAUUGAACACAAAUUCGUAUGGCAAUUAGCACAAAAAAAAAUCCAUAAAUUAGCCUUACCGUUUUGUAAGCAGCAGGGUUCAAAAUGUAGGAAAAAAGUAGUGGCUUAUAGUUUGUAAUUCACGGUAAGUUUAUUUUAUUAAAGUACUUGGUAAUCAUCAAAGUUGUGUACAUUAUAAAUCAGUAUUCUUCUCCCAGAUUUCGCAACUUGCUCCUCGACCACACCUGCUCUGUUUCGAUUAGUUUAGGUCAGCUCCACCUAUAUGUGUAUACACAGUACAUACAAUAUAACAUUUGGUAAUGUAGGCUCGGGCCCCCCGUAAAGUAAGGUUGCAUGAUAUACAUUUGGCCGACAAUAAAGAUUUUGAUACUAUCGUCAUAUCGUGAUAAUGCAUGUUGAUGACACAUUGUGUCCCGCAAAUUUGACAGCAAAAAGCGAACGCAUUAUCUUUAGCAUUCUUGUUAGCUGCUAACGUCCCUCCACAGUGCAGUCAUUUCCAAGACAGCAAUUCUCGCCUCCAUGCCGGCAAAUAAACUGUUUCUUACAAGUAUUAUCACUGGAAGAGGAGGAAUAGCUAAACAUGCUACACUAUACUCCAUACGAGGAUAAGCUAUUCGCUAAGCUCGCACGUAAACAAAGAUGGGCGGAUCGAGACACAUAUCCACCGUAACGAUACCAAGUAUAGUAUCAGUAUAUGGACGAUAUUAUAGCGUUUAGAUUAUUUUUUUGGAUACAAAUAUUUUGUUGUUUUCAUGGUUGUUUGUAGUAUCAGUAUUGGUAUGACCGAUACUAUCCCCGUAACUACUUGGUAUUUGAUACUCAAAUUUUUAGUAAGUGCUUUGUACAUUUUAACAGACGUGUAGGUAAAACUAUUUACAGCAAAAAUAUAUUAACAAAAAAUUAGCAAGUAGAAUAAUAAUAGUUUUGACAAAAUAAUAGAACCAGAAUUUACACAAUGUUACUGCUCGCCAGCAGCUAAAUUUGGGGUCUUUCUAACCCAUUUUGAACUUGGUAAAUGAUCAUUUAUGUACCAAACGUUAUAUCUUUAUCCUUAUUGCAAUAUAUCUAGUUGAGUCAUAUUAUUGUGGUUGCUCUGCCCGCCAGCUAAAAAUGAAAACUGUCACCUUUCAUAAUAGAAAUAAAUAUAAUGACUGCAAGUCAUCCACAAAGUCGAAGGCCAUGGUAAAUUGCACACGGCGGAGUCUAUCCAUCCAUCCAUCCAUCUAUUUUCUACCGCUUGUCCCUCUCAAGUAAAUUGUUUAUUGCAGCUCUACUAGAGCUGAUUCGAUAUGUGCAGGUGUACCUAAUGAUUAGGCCAAUGAAUGUAUUUGAUUCCAGGUGUGCAACCAGGCCUCCUUUUGUUGUUCUGCAUUCUAUUGAAAUGAAUAAAUCAUAUUUAUACAUUUUCAUAAUCCUACCCAACUGGUUAAUUCCCCUGUUUUUUUCUUUAGAUGCCCAUUGUGCAGCAGGUGAAUUGGAUAGUGUAUCUCAGCACUGUUGGUUUGUGUGUGAGCUGGACGUGAAGGCCGGUGGAGGCUGCGUGAUGACCGUCGGCGAGAUGCUGCGCUCGUUCCUCACCAAACUGGAGUGGUUCUCCACUCUGUUCCCCCGCAUCCCCGUGCCCGUGCAGAAGAACAUCGACCAGCAGAUGAAGGCCAGGCCACGCAAGAUGGUUCAGAAGGAGCCGGUGGAGGAAGAGGAGGAUUUCGGGGAGGCGGGGAGGCAAGGCGAGCGCAGACGUUCCAGGACCCCCAGGCGGACCCCAAGCCCAAGGCGCUCUCCGAAACGGUCGAGGAGCCGGAGCCACCAUCGCGAACGAGAGCGUCACGGCCCCAGCUUUGACCGCGAACUGGAAAGGGAGAGGGAACGCCAGAGGAAGGAGCGUGACGGCCGUGACAGGGACAGAGGGGACCGGGAAAGGAGGCGAUCCCGCAGCGCGGAGAGGAACCACCAAGAACGGCGUGAGCGUAGAAGAAGUUGCAGCAGCAGCCGCGACCGAAGGAGAGAGCUGCGAGACAAAGAGCGUGACGCCGGCGACGACCGUAGCAAGAGAAAGGAGCGGGACCACCAUCGAGAUCGGCCCGCUGAGAAAGAGAAGUCCAAAGAGCGAAAGAGCAAAGGGGAAAGCGACGACAGGCGCCACAAAGACGACAGGGAGCGACACCGAGAAGAGCGCAAGGCCAAGAAGUCGAGCCGAAGUCGAAGCCGGGAGAAGCGGCACAAAAGCGGAGGCGAGGAGAAGAGCAGGAAACAGGAUGGCAGCCACAGCAGAGAGAAGGAAAGAGACGGCGAGCAGCGCCCUCACAAACGCAGUCACAGCAAAGAGAGGAGCCAUCACCAGCGAGAGUCCAGCAACAACAAACACGCCGAGCGGCGGAGGAGUGCGAGCGUCGAAUAAAUGUUUGUUUUUGUCUAAAUCUCACUUUGUGCGAAUGUCAUCUUGUUUGAAAAUAUUGUUUUCUGCCUUUUAAACCUUGUAGCCCAUUUUAGUUUCCACUUGACGUUCACAGUGGGGAACAUUGUCAUUUUGUAUACCGUUCAUUGUUUGGCCCCUGGAAAAUAUCAUUUGAUGUAUAUAUUUUCAGACCGUCGACACAUCAGUUGUGUUCGUUGAACAGGUUGGGCACAAGCUUUGCAAAAAGCCAUGUUUAGCUGACUACUUUGAUUUCCGAAGAUGUCAAUAAUGCAUCCAUGUGAAGUUGUAUUUGUAGAUGUCCUGAGAAUGUUUUAAUCCCUCAAGGGAGUCUGCAAAGGGUUCAAGUGAGCCCACACCGAGACCCUCGCUUGUCACAUGUCUCGAUUGUUGCAUUUUGUUUUCUAAUAAAAAACAAUUUUACAAAAA